GUUUGUAUCUUUGUCGAAUCUAGAAAAGCACACCACAUCCCAUUAUUCAGAAGGAAGUGUUUUUAGUUCAUAAACAGCUGAUCACCCAGACAGCAGCUUCAUCAGUACAAUACACCAGUAACAAGUCAGAGAAGUAUGGAGAACGAGAGAAAGAUGAUGAUGUUCUGUCUGCUUUUGGCAGCUAUUAGCAGCCCUGUGUUUACUGGAGAGUGGAAGGCCUCUGUUGCCAAAAACCUUGAUGCCCUUGUUACAUCCUGUGUCGUGAUACCCUGUUCAUUUACCCAUGCUAAAGAUGAGCUGCCCAGCUCCAGACUCAGGGGGAUCUGGCAUCGUUCAACAGACCGAGAUCAAUGCGUCUAUCACGAUGACAAGACAAAGAUCUUGGAAAAUUUCCGUGGCCGCACAAAGUUGUUGGGAAAUUUGGGCCAGGGCAGCUGCACCUUGGAAAUGACUGAAAUUAGAGAUGUUGACAAUGGCCCUUACUGUUUUCGGGUUGAAUUAGUAACAACAGGGACUAAAACAUCCAAAACUGACAAGCUCUCCUUUGUUGAGGAUUGUGUCAACUUUAAAAUGAUCACUGAACCUCCAAAACCAACUCUGAUUCCACCAAAGACAGCCGUUCAAGGUCAUCCCUACACCAUCACCUGUUUAGUCCGCCAUACCUGCCCCUCCCAUAUACCUCAACUCACAUGGAGUAGAGGCACUGCAGAGGAGAUCCUUGAGGUUCACAGAGAAAUUCAUCAAGGUACCUGGGAGGCUCAGUCCACUCUGACUUUCAUCACUGAGGAGAAGGAUGACCACACAGACAUCACCUGCACUGCUGGAUUUUUUGGAGGGAGAACAUCCACUGAACAACUUACACUUUAUGUAAAACGUACCGAAAACUAUAACCACAUCAUCAUUCCUGCAGUAGUGGGGAUCGGCACUGCUGUGAUCUUCGCAGGCCUCUGUAUUUUCAUGAUGAAAAAAUACAAGAAUCGCAUUGCAGAGCUCCAAAGUCAGGAAGGAACCGUGUGGAACCGGCUUUCCAGACUGUCUCGGAGAUAAUCAAAGCAAAAGCGGUCGACAAACUUCUGAAAUGCUCAAAUUCUACACUUUGUUUGUUGUGCUACUGACAUUAAACCAAAAAUGUUUUGUUUUUUUUGACAGACUUGAUCAUGCAUUAUUCAUAUAUUAGCUUCAUAGAAAUGUCAUUACCUUAAUAGCAGCUUAAAAAGAAAGCAUGCAAGAAUACAAAAUAUGUAAUUCUCUUAAAACAGCUUGAAUAUUUUGGCUGCACUAUUUUCCAGAAAAGCAGUGUUUUGUAGAAUUUGCAAAUGAUCCCUCCUUAGUAAUGAUCAGUAUUCAUGAAGAGAAAAUACAAGUGGGAUGCCCUGUCUUGUGUAAAUUUGUGAUUUUUAGCAAAUCUUCAUAAACCUUGACAUUAAUUACAAAAAGUUUUUCUCCAACUGACUACAUCAAAUGAGAGAUGUUGUAAACUGUU